UCUGAUUUUGUGUGAGAAUGCAAGCUAUCAAAGAAGAGCAAGAAAGAUCGGAGUCUAAGAUGAGAAGUAAUGCUUACCGGUCAGAGGAAGCCUCCAAAUUGCUGCGUCAGAAACAAACCCUUAAUGUUAAAACCGAGGAAGAUGAAAUUCCAGGUUUUGUAGAUGAUGACGAUGAAGAUCUUCGUAAAUCGUUAGAGAAAGCAAGAAGAUUAGCUCUUAAAAAGUACGAGCAAGAAGGGGUAUCUGGUCUUGGAGCUAUUGCGUUGCUUGCUACCUCAAAUCAUACUAAUGAGAGUGGAGAGUCACGACAAAACAAGGUGGUCUUCACAGAGAUGGAAGAAUUUGUCUGGGCUCUCCACAUUCAUGAAGAAGCGCGUAAACAAGAAAGUGAAGAUAUUUUUAUACAUCAUGAUGAUGAAGAAAAGACUAAUGAAGUUCAAGAAACUAAUGAAGAUGAAGUACCCAAUAAGGAAGACAAAGAAGAAAUCGUUCCUGAUGAAACUAUUCACGAAGUUCCUGUAGGGAAAGGAUUGUCGGGUGCUUUGAAACUGCUUAAAGAACGUGGAACACUCAAUGAAAACAUUGAAUGGGGUGGCAGAAACAUGGAGAAGAAGAAAAGUAAAUUGGGUGGAAUAUUAGAUGAUGACGAGAAGGAAACUCAGAAAAAAAGGGAGAUUCGGAUUGAAAGGACCGAUGAAUUUGGGAGGAUUUUAACUCCUAAGGAAGCCUUUCGAAUGAUUUCUCAUAAGUUCCACGGUAAAGGACCUGGAAAAAUGAAGCGAGAGAAGCGUAUGAAGCAAUAUCAAGAGGAAUUGAAGAUGAAGCAAAUGAAGAGUUCCGAUACACCAUUACUGUCUGUGGAGAGAAUGUGGGAAGCUCAAGCUCGUUUACAGACCCCGUAUCUUGUUCUCAGUGGUCAUGUUAAACCAGGACAGACUAGUGAUCCAAAAAGUGGUUUUGCAACUGUUGAGAAGCAUGUUCCUUGUGGCUUGACACCUAUGUUCGGUGAUGGUAAGGUAAUUCAGGGCAGCUAUAAGAGGAAAGCUGAGACAUCAAACUCGGAUGACUCAAAAAAGCCUAAAUCAUAUUCCUUAGUAUACUGAUAUCUAUGUAAGCUUAUAAGUUGAACCAUAGCCAUAGUGUUCAUCUAUUCUGUUGUUGCCGACGGCUGAAGAUUUGGAGUUAACUUGUAGUGUUAAUUUUGUUAUUGAUUUUCUUGAAAGAUUGUAGAAAUUUAAGGAGUCAGGCAAUCUCAUGACAGAGUGGUUGAAUUGCUUUCCAUUCUAUGCGGUUCAGGAUUAGCUAUUCCUUUUGUACA